UCUGUCUUCACCUUUGUUUCAAAGCCAAGGGGCUGGGCUAAACUGCUGGAGCAAGGCAGGAAGUUUAUAAAAAGAAGUUAUCCUGUGUGUGCAUUGGUUUUUUGUGCAUUCAGAUCCCGCUCAUUUCAAUCUGCACUCACCACUCCCCAGGCUGUAAGAAUGCAACCUUUCCAGGCAGCUCCAGGUCAGUUUGGGCCCGAGGCCAGGGAACCAGGGCUACGAGGCUGGAGGGUGGAGAAGAUGAAGGCCGUUCCACUGAAACCCUCCGAGCUGGGGGCCUUCUUCAACGGGGACUCCUACCUGGUGCUGAGCAACAGAGGAGAGGAGGGGGCUGAUCUGCACAUGUGGCUUGGUGAGAAGUCCUCGCGUGACGAGCAGGUGGCCUGCGCCAUGUUGGCGACACAGCUGGACAACUUCCUGGGCGGGGACCCUAUCCAGCAUCGGCAAGUCCAGGGCUACGAGUCACCUGAGUUCAUGAGCCUCUUUCCCAGAGGAGUCAGCUAUAAGGAGGGCGGUGUGGAGUCAGGGUUCCGCAAGACACCAUGUGGUUCUGGUCCAGUCCACAGGUUGUACCAGAUCAAGGGCAAGCGGAAUAUUCGAGCUAAGGAGGUUGAGCUCACCUGGGCAAGUUUUAACAAGGGAGACUGCUUCAUUCUUGACAUGGGAGAGACCAUUAUUUCCUGGAUUGGCUCCCAGGCCAACGUCUUUGAGAAACAGAAGGUGCGUGAGAUCGCAACCCUGAUUCGUGACACAGAGAGGCAUGGGAAGGCCCGCAUCACAGAUGUCAAUGAAGGAGAGGAAACACCAGAGAUGCUGAAGGUGCUGGGUCCAAUGACAGGUCUGAAAGAGGAAAACUCCGAAGCUGACUCCGAAGCUGACUCCAAAGCUAGCUCUGCCUCUCUGUACAAGGUGUCUGAUGCCACAGGAUCAAUGAAGCUGACCAAAGUGUCAGAGAAAAGCCCAUUUCAGAAGGACCUCCUGGUGCGUGAUGACUGCUUUAUCCUGGACAAUGGAAACAAUGGCAAGAUCUUUGUCUGGAAAGGGAGUGGAGCCAAUGCAGAAGAGAAGAAAGAGGCUCUAAAGAUGGCUGAUGACUUCAUCCAACAGAUGAACUAUCCCAAGAUGAAAACACAGGUGGAGAUCCUUCCCCAGGGCAGAGAGAGGGUCAUUUUCAAGCAGUUCUUUAAGAACUGGGACUGAAGUCACCCAUAACCAAAGCAUUUCCAUGCAUGUCCCACCUUCGUCAAAUAAACAGCAAGCAAUAUUAUUCUUACUGAUGUCAUGUUUAGUCCCACCAAAAAUCACCUUUGUAUGUUUGUGUGUGUGUAUGCAUGUAUAUAUAUAUAUAUAUAUAUAUAAAUUGAGCAUGCCUACACAAGCAUACAAUGAACUCCCAUCAUGGAUGAAAUACAACCCCAUCAUGGUUUGUUUUACAAAUGUGAUGAUCACAUUGAGAGUUUACAGUGCCCUCUGGUGUUUACUAUCGUCAUAACUUUUAUUUUAAAGUGCGCCAAGAUUAUUUACUGCAUAGAUUACAGUGAGUUUUUUUUACAUAUUUGUUUUACAGUAAUACUGUUUCUGAAUAUACAGUAGCAGACCUACAGCAAAUACAAUAAAAAUUAUUAUUGUGCACUCUAUAUUCAAGCUUCAGUGCAUGAUUCAACUUCCAGAACAAUAAAGUCACGCUCAGGGAAGUCUCUCAACUUUGAAUUCAAGGAUGUUUUAUUUGUGCAAUUAGUGUAUGUAUGGCUUUGACAUUGUAAUGCAGAUAAUGUAUAAUCCAUAACCGGUAAAUUUGUUUAUAGCAGGUUAAUGUAAAACAUGAAGAUAUAACAUUAAUUGAAUCAAUACAUUGGAGAGUAACCUGGAGAAUUUAAUGUUUACUUGGGUGCAUAGCUUUGCAAAUGCCCUACACCAUUCUCACCUGCAUAAUUAUACAUGCAGGAGGUUUAAGUCAUGCUUAGCUCAUUUAGUAUUAUUCUAGUGACUGAAUGGGUUCCACACAUCUCAUUCAUGUAUUGUAAUGGGGUGGAAUAUGUUUUUUUUAAUGUUUUGACCAAAGAUUAAACAGUAUGUUACAUUUUGAA